AUGCUGUGCCCAGUCCCAUGCAUGAUCCACGCUGUGGACUACGAGCCCAAUGUCGGCUUCGGAGACCCUGGCUCUCAGUGGUGGAAUCGCCUGACGUACUACAUCGCCAACAGGGUGUACAGCAAGUGUAUCCUGGGCCUGCCGAAGGAGGAGUUUCAGCUGCACGAUGUGGACUACGCGCGCAUCAACGCCUUCAUGCUUGAAGAGAUGCCCGUGGAGUACGCGAUAAGCGCGCGGCUCUUCCCGAGGCCAUCCUCCUGGCCGGCUCACGCGACGAUCACGGAGUUCCGCGAGCGCGACAAGGCGAAGCACUGGACGGCGCCCCCAGAUCUGCUGCAGUUCCUGUCCGACUACCCAGACCCGCUCUACGUGGGUUUCGGGAGCAUGGUAAAUGAGAAGCCUGACGAAGUUGGCCAGAUAAUCCUGGAUGUUUCUUGUGAGAUGAACCUUCCUGUGCUGCUGAACGCCGGCUGGGGAGGCAUUCGGGUCUCGGAUGGACAGCUUCCUUCACAUGCUUUUAUUGUCAACGACAUCCCAUAUGACUGGCUUUUCUCUCGCGUCCGUGCGGUGGUGCACCAUGGCGGCUCUGGAACUACCCAUAGCGCGUUGCGGUUCGGCAAACCGCAGCUGCUUAUUCCUCACAUCUCCGACCAGUUUCUGUGGAUGCGGCUGGUGAACGCAGCAGGGUUCGGGCCUAUGGGCUUUCCCAUCAAAGCUUUCACCAAAGAUGCCUUCAGAACCAAGCUCACGGAGCUGCUGAGUGGAGAGUAUAGGAAGCCUGGGUGA